CAUUGUGAAGUAGCCAUUGUGGGUGGUGGAAUUGGAGGACUGUAUACAGCAGAAUCUCUCCUUAGACACGAGAAAGAAACUAACGUGUGCUUGUUCGAGAGAAACGAGCGUCUUGGUGGACGAUUCUACGAUUACGUGUUUCCUCAGGUGCCGGAUGAAACUGUGGGUAGGUGUAUAUGGUUUGUAUUUGGGCCUUUACUUAGAAAAGCAAUGAACACAGGGUGCUUCGUGGGAUUUUUGGCUGAAGUCGCCGCGUGAGGUCAUGGGAAGGGCGAAAACUUUGAGCCUUCCCAAGUGUCCGCCUUUUUCAAGUUCUGCAUGAUCUUUUUCGCUGCACACUAUCCCAUGCCGACAGAUGUCAUGCUGACAAACUGCAUGGUAGACAGACAGGUAACCACAUACAGACCUUGAUCUACAGUAAUACUAUUAAUAUAUAAUACAAACAGCAUGCAGUAACACAUAAAAUUCCAACAGGUUUACUGACUUUUCAAGAUAGCUGUUAAAAAUGGACUAUUACGAACUUUUCAUGACUGUCUAGAGUAGGCAAACGCAUAUAGUCACGUAUGGAUUGAAGGAAUUAGGUCCAUUACAGAAAAAAGUUAAGAUACGUAAACAUGCCGUUGCCAAAUCUCUGCGUCUUUUUUUUUUUUUUUUAGGCCUGGGCGCCUGGAGGAUUGAUCUGGCAAAUUACAACCUUCGGUAAGACUCUCUAAUCAAGCAUUGUAUUAUUAUCAAGAAAUCUUAUAACUUCUAUCUCUGGGAACUGUCCCAGGGAUGACAGGGUUUCCUUGGGGCCCCGUGCAUCCCUGUCUUCCCUAAUUAUCUCGUCCCUUCUCAACUCAGAGCCCCCCCCAACACAUCCCUAAAAACGCUCAGGUGGGACACUAAAGAUACAAACAUCAAUAAUGUGAAAACGUCAAAGAAGAAUCCUGAGUUCUGGGUGUUUAUCACGGUUUUAGUAGUUCGGCUCUUAACUCCUGGUAACGGCCCAUACGAAGUUUUUCAACUCGGUAGCAUCUCUCAAAUUAUGUAAUAGCUGACGACUGAGACAUAUGUAUAAGGGAUUAUAGGUGACCAAAAGGCACGACGUCAUGACAUUCAUUCGAGCUCACGUUGUUGAGCUUACAGCAGCGCAAAGUCCGCUAAUUUUGAAGCAGAAUAUCUGAACUAUAUGUUUAUAUUUUUUUUACCGCUAUGCAGGAACAUUCUCGAAAGGUUGUCCAUUAAGUACGAGGAGUGGAAUUUUUACGAAAACUCGCGUACUGAGACCAGAGGACAGUCAUCUCGCGAGGACCACGAAAUCAAAAAACAGUCCUUUCCAACUCUACUAAAAAGCAAGUUUCAGAAUAUGACCUGGAGCGAAAUGCAUCAAUAUCUUUUCAACGAAGAGCACGUGAGAGAAGCGGGUAGAUUUGCCACUUUUCAGACCUACCAACAGAAUAUUCUCACGCCAGAGGGAUCGGAAUUUUACUUUGAUAUCUUUGGUUAUGAAGGCGACUUAAGAGGAGGCGAGUAUUAACCCUCGGACGUACACAUUGGGGGGAGGGGGCGGGGGGGAGGUGAUGUGAUGGUCAGAGAUACGAUGUCAUAAGUAGCAGGUAGUCAGGCCAUUUGUGAGUGAAGUUUUUCAACUUCUUUCAGGAAUAAAAGAAAAGCCUGUGGAUAAAAUGAUGCAAAGUUAUUUCACACGUUAAGCGCAAAAAGCAUUAAUUCUCACUGUUUUAACCUGAUUUCUAAUUCUUGAUAAAAUCCAAGAUGACGACCAUGUUUGGUGACGUCACAGACCUCCAGCAGCACCCUAAUCCACAAAAUAUACCUCAUCUUGUAGAGAAGAACAAAGGCUUUCCACUGAAGGCAAAAUCAUUUCGAAAUAUUGCAACAGAUCAAAAACUCAGUCGGAGGUCCAUCAAUCCCCCCUUGUGCCACGGCAGGAGUAUGACUUUGCUUGUACGUCCGAGGGUUAAGAUCAGUUUGUUACUUUACUGUAUCUUACUCUUUUAUUGUCAAUUUCUUGACUGCUUUUAAUUAACAUCAUCAUAUGACGUUUGUAAUGCUUUUUUAGAUUUUAUUUUCUACUGCAGAAAACGUUUUUCCAAGUUGGGCUGUUUUACCUGUGGAAUCUUGAUUUCGGAAGUAUCUUUGUAAAAAUAAUGAAAGAUUUUUUAUACGCUUUGAAAAUUGAGACACUCAAACAAUUUGUCCAUUACAGGUGGAAAGGAGGUUGGAGUUGAUACAUCCCUUCCUGAUUUAAUAAGUAAAUUAUGUUGAAGUAGUUUUUAUUAGUAUUAGUAUAAUUUCUAUAAGAAACGAAAGAGGUUUGUAUCAAAACAAGGUCAACCUCAGCCUCACGUUCACUCAAAGGCUCGGAUACUAAGCCCACAACUGUAAAAUGGUCUAUGCAUCUCACCAUAUACCUCGAUCUAAGAUUGAAAGGGUUGAAUGGAUUGUAAGACUUGGUUUUAGAUGGGAUCGGAGUCAUAACGUCUUCUGAUAUGCAAUUCAACAGGUGCUACAGGUGUAGUAGAGUACUACAAGCUCUUAGACGAGGAUUUUACAGGGAACGAAAUCCGCCCCGUAAAAGGAAUGUCUGCCAUCACAAAUGCUCUCGAGGAAUCUGCCAAAGCACUUGGAGCAAAGAUCUACACUGGAAGUGAAAUCUCAUCGAUAAACCAAAGAAAAAACAUUUUUGUACUCAGAACAUCAACUGGUAAGAUUAAAGCAAAAAAGCUCGUGGUUGCUGCUCCUCCAGGGUCUUUUAAAAAGAUUCGUGGUCGCGUGGCACAGAUGAUUCAACAACAAGAGGAGUUUAAAUCUAUCAAGGCCUUCCCAGCAUUCAAAGCGGCGGCAGUUUACGAAAGGGCGUGGUGGGAAGACAUUAAGGACGAAGCAACGCAAUUGUAUCCCAUGGAGAGAUUUCUUUCUAACAGUGAUUGCCUUGGAUGGACCCUUCCUCACAGGUGAAUAGCACGUUCUGUGAUUAGUCAAGUUCGGCUUGAUGUCAAUGAGAACUCUAGAAGACUAACAGCACAGAAGAAAGGCGUACUGACGAAUCUACAGUGCUAAAAAUCAAAACCAAAAUUCCACUACACAAUGUUAUUUCUUUUAACUAAGCCACCAAAAGUGACCAUUGUAACAUCCGUAGGUUGCUUUCUUUUGGGAUGAUCUUGAUCAGAAUCAAUGAUCCGUGAUCGCAAAGAUCAUGAUACAUCAAAUUCAAGGAGCGAAGAAUUCACUCUUGAAAAGGAUUCAUAGGUUCAUUUGAACUACCACGAUCAAAGUGAUUUCGGAUCACUGAACCUGAUCAGGAUCAUUCCAAAGGAAAGCAAAACCUAGAAACCUAAAUUAGUACUAAGACUUGAAGUUUUUAUACAACUUCUCUUAUUAUAUGUCUCGUCAACCUCUUCGAUUUUAUUAUCUUCGUUAAUCUUCUGUAGACUGAUGGGUAUACUUCGCCUAAAAGAAGGCAAGAACCAAUCACGUGACCUUAAAGUCACGUUUCUCCAAAUUUCCCACACACUGAAGAUCAAUAUCAGAGUUUGCCGCUCCGAUUAGAAUUUAUUAACUAUUUACCAUUCGCUCUCUUAUCCCAGAAAGUGACUUUUCUCUUUCGUUUUCUUUAGUGGGCGCGGUAAAAAUGGCGAGGCGGUGCUGCACCUUGCGUAUAAAGACGGCGAGUGUGGAGAAAAAUGGGGAAGCAUCCUAAACUCAGUUUCCAAGUCACUGGUUGACCAGGAAGUUCAUCGUGCUAUUGAGUAUAAGUUUAACAUGACAGUUCCUAAGCCCUUGGAAACAGUCUACAAGUACUGGAACGAGGGAGCCUGGUAAGAAGCAUACUGAUUUUGUCUUUUUACGGUGUUUCAUCUCGCAUUCAUCGCGAGAAAGUUUUGGUCUCUAGCUCUGUCUCUCGCACGCUAUUUUGAGAUAAACUUUGCCCGAAAGCAUACUGAUUUUGUCUUGUUACAAAAAUUCUUCUUCUUCAUGCUAUUUUGAGAUAAACUUUGUCCGAAACAAAUGAUGUUUACCUUCUCAAAAAGAAAAAAUAAAACGAUUAAACAAUCAAAUUUUCCAGUUGGGGUUUGAGCUUGCCUGCGAAUACAGCCGUCACCGCUAGGAACGUUUCGCUAGAAAGACGUCUGUGCUUCACCUACAGAAAUUCCAUAUAUUGAUUUUAAUCCAAUGACUACCAGAUAUAUUGAGCAAUCAUUGCUUCGCAUAAUCAGUAUGGAAUUUCGGUCUUUGUGGCGCAGACGUCCUAUCCGCGAAGCGUCCCCAACGUUGAGGAACGAGGACAGACGGUUGUAUUCGCAGGCUACACUGGCAUGCACAGGUGGAGUCUAUGGGCUACCCAUGUAUUCACACGGCGGCCAUAUUGUCCCGAGAGACUGAAAAAAGCUUUGUUUUACCACCCUCGACCUUGCAGUGAAAAACUUGGAAGCGCGAGGCUAGACAGGUAAAAAAAACUACUUUAGUCUCUCGGGACAAAAUGGCCACCGUGUGACAAAGGCCCAUUGCUAAAUGGGCAUUGGAAAACUGUUGUCUGGUCGGUAAAUGUACAAUUAAUAUACUGCCAGAUCUGCUACAGUUUAUUUAAUUACAUUUGCUGUAUUUGCUAUUUUGCAUUUUGCGCAGGUACCUACAGAGGCCCGGAUGUAACGUGUCGAUGAGAAGAGUUGAGAAUUGGGCAAAGAAGCCAUUUCCUAGGAAACAGAUUUACAUUGUAGGCAGUGCAUACAACCCGUACCGAGCCUACUCCGAGGGAGCCUUGGUAUCCGCUAAUAACGCACUGUUGGAGGGUUGGGGUAUACCUAUUCCGAGUCCCGGAAUAAAAACUCGCGUUGUUGAACCUUUACGCAAAACCGGCGGAACAAAUUUGAGAAUGAUUCGUUAG